AUGUCUUCCUCCAUCUUCUUUCGAUUCAAGUCACAGAAGGAUCCACUACAGAUCACCUUCGAUGGCACCUCUUUGUCUGUCUUUGAGGUCAAGCGUGAGAUUAUCGCCAUCUCAAAGCUUGGCGAUGGCACCGACUUUGACCUCGAGAUCUACACGCCCGAGUCUAUGGAGAAAUACGAUGAUGACACCACACAAAUUCCACGCUCGACCACAGUCGUUGCACGCCGUCUGCCUGCAGCUAAGCAAGGCGCAGGUCGUGCAGCACGCUAUGUCACCGGCAAGAUGCCUAUCACAGCCAAGAAUCAACACCGCGUGGAGUCAGCAUCCGCACCGUCUGCCAAGAGCACACCCGUGACAAAUGGGGCGAUGUCUAGUGGCAAGGAGAUGACGGAGGAGGAGAAGCUUGCAGCGAUGUUCACGGCGAACAAUGAGGCGUGGAAGCAAGAUCAGGCCCAGAAUGCUGGCAAGCCCAUCAUACGUAGCUCUUACAACAAGCAACAACCUGUGCCAGACAAGCCGUUGCCUCCGGGCUAUACUUGCCACCGUUGUGGCGAGAAAGGUCACUGGAUUCAAGCCUGUCCUACUAACAAUGAUCCAACCUUUGACGGUCGACCAAAGUUUCGCCGCACAACCGGUAUUCCCAGGUCGAUGCUCAAGGUGAUUGAGAAGCCUACUGAACUUGGCGAGGAUGGCAAAGUCGACGUGUCUAAGCUUCCACCAGGUGUCAUGUAUACCACUACUGGCGAGUGGGUCAUCGCGCAAACCGACAAGGCGGCGUGGGACAGGUUCCAGGAGCAGCAGAAAGCGACCACGGAAAAGUCAAAGGAAGCCGCUGUGAUCGACCAGGAACUUCGUGAUCGUGGUCUUGAGUGUUCGAUCGACCAGCGCGCUUUUGUCAACCCAGUCAAGACACCUUGUUGUGGCAAGACGUACUGUAAAGACUGCGUUGAGAAUGCUAUUCUUGAUACUGACGACCUUCAUUGUCCCAACUGUGGCGAGCAAGUCUUGCUCGAUAAGCUUGAGCAUGACGAGGAGAUGGCGGAAAAGGUCAAGGAGUAUCAGGAUGAGAAGAAAGCGGCGAAGUUGGCGAAGGAUAGUGAGAGCUCAAAAAGUCCUGCUGCGGCGUCUCCCAAUGGUGCUUCGCGUGCUGUGGUUAGCACCCCUAAGGCUGAGGACGUUGCGUCUCUUGCUCAGACUAGCAAUAUACCAGAGGUCAAGGUCGAUGGCACUACUUCUGCCGCAUCCACACCAGGUUCUCGUAAGCGCGGCGCUACUGAAGAACUCGAGAAUAACCGCAAACCUGCUGCGCCUGCCGAGAUGAAGAACGACAAGUCCAAAAAGGGGACACCCAUCCCAACCGGCCCCAAGGCUGGCACGCCACAACACCCUCCCACCAAGAUCGCGAGUAACAUGCAAGACUUCGCCCAGCAAAUGCAGAGUAUGGCUUCUGGGAUGCCGGGCAUGCAGAAUGGUAUGAAUGCUCCGAUGAAUUCUAUGAUGGGCAUGGGUAUGGGUAUGGGUAUGGGUAUGGGGAUGCCGAUGAAUAUGGGUAUGAUGAACCCAAUGAUGGGUAUGGGUGGGAUGCCUGGGUUUGGAAUGAAUGGCAUGGGUGGGAUGAAUGGGAUGCAGGGCAUGAACGGGAUGGGCCCGAUGGGGAAUAUGGGGAAUAUGGGUAACACGGGCAUGCACAAUAAUGGCAUGCAGAACGGUGGCGGAUGGGGUGGUCAACAGCAACAACAGCAAGGCUGGGGUGGUAACCAGGGCGGUAUGCAGGGGAAUGGGCAAGGUGGUGGUGCAUAUAUGAGGCAGCCGGUCAAUCCUCAUCGGCAUCAGGGUAGGCAGAGGAGGCAGAGAAGUGUGGAUUACAAGCAGAUGGGGUCUGGUUGA